AUGGAAGCACUUGAUGGUAUUGUUCUCAACCCACCCGUCAUCAACGCUUUCGAUAUCAUCCGCUCUAUCCUGCAAGCCCUCGCAUUUGUCUUCUCCCACAACAUCACUCGCGUUUACAUCGUCAUCUGCGCAGUUCUGUUGGUCGUCUCUCUCAAGGUUCUCAUGAUGUUUCUCAUUCUAACCAUCGUGAUCUUCCUCUCCUUCUACAUCCCAAGUAACUCUGAGAUGCCGUUCUAUGUCAUCCUAGUCUGUGGUUCCGGUGGCCACACCACCGAGAUGAUUAAGAUGGUCGAGCGCAGCAUUCGAUCCGAAGGCCCGCACUCGCACCGCCGCUGGGCUAUCGGAUAUGGCGAUGUCCUAAGCUUCAAGAAGGUAAUGGAAUUCGAGCGCCGCCUGAACCGCCGCUUCACCCCCGCGCACCGCCUCAACGCUGGUACCUACGAUAUCAAGUUCUUCCACCGCAGCCGCGCCGUGCACCAGAGCUGGUGGACGACCCCCAUCAGCGUGUGCAACUGCGUCAACGACGUCCUUGACAUCCUAACCAUCCCGGCCCCCAACCCCACCAUCCACAAGUUUAAGCUGCCCGGUGUGAUUGUGACGGACGGCCCUGGUACCGGCUUCGUGUUUCUCCUGUGCGCCUACAUAAUGAAGUUCUACGGCGUCGCGCAUGAAGACUCCAUGAAGUGCGUGUUCGUCGAGAGCUGGGCUCGAGUUAACUCCUUGAGCUUCUCGGGCGAGUUGAUCAAGCGCCUCCAGUUGGCCGAUGUGUUUAUCGUACAGCAUCGCCCGCUUCAUCGACGUCAUGGCCGUCAGACGUACACUGGCAAUAUGGUCGUGAUGCCGACUAUUCCUAGCGUGCCUACCGAAUAA